AUGCCUCCAACGACCUCGACUCCUGAGACAUCCACCGCGCCCCUCGCAGAUUUCUUUUGGAUAGCCGGUGUCGAUGGCUCCGAAAUACUGGAUACCUUCUUGAGAUUGGGAGAGGAGUACAAUCGUUCGCAUAGAAACAGUGCUCCUGGCCCCGCCCUCUCCGAUACGAUCGAAGAGGAUGCCGACGCCGAAGAGGAAAGUGGCUCUGUCCCUCUGGAGGACUCUUCUCGACCAGAAUCGAGAAAUGGAAGACGGAAUUCGGUUCAGCGUCUGUCGAGGCUAUCAAACGAAGCGUCGAUGUCAAUGCGGUCAUCAGGGUCCGAUCCAAAAGGAUCCCACAGCAACCGAAGCAGCAUGACAAUCAGAGGGGCUGGAGGAGCCGCAUCCCCGAACAGGACCUCAUUCCUCGGUGACUUUGACUUCGAUAAGGCGCUGCUGAAGUUUGCAUCAGAGAGAGAGACCUUCCUGUCCGAUCUGAGCCUCAGUGCUGGAGCCAUCACGAACACACGGCCAAAGCCGAGGCCGAGAACGCAGAGGAUCAUCUCAGAUGAGCAGUUGCCGCAGACGAACCCUCUGAAAUCAGGUAUCGGAAGCGUGCGUAGGCACAUGUCUUUCAGGGAUAUGAACAGCAUGAAGAGACAACCUUCCGUUGCUCGUCAAGCAUCCGUUCGAACCUCGAGACGCAUGAGCAACUACAAUUCCGUGAUUCCAGUUCCACAACCGUUGGACACCUCACCAUCAAUGCAUCCGCUCAAACGGAGAUUCGAACCUGUCCUCCUCGACAGAUAUCCUCAGAAGGGAGCGCCUGAUGAGAACAACCAAAGAGGAAAGUUUCCAGAUUACGUGCCAAUGUUUGCCUUCCCAAACGACAUUAGUAUCGUCUCUUCAGAUCAGCGGCCACGGUCCACCUGGCAUGGAUUCAUCAUGACCGGUGGCGACGGCUCUAAGUUGCAUGCGAUAUGCGUGACGGUGUGGAUCCCUUUGAAUCCACGGGCUGCAGAAGAAUUAGAAAAGCGCUGCGAGGAAUGGCGGAGAGAUAACAUGACAGGGGAGGAGAGAGAAUUGGCUGCCAGUCUCGGUGAGAGGCUCGCGGCAGAGAGAGCCAAGCUAUCACGCCUUCUUGCCCAACUGCCAACAGUUCAGUCUGGCUCAGCAGACAGAGAGGCCUUGGAGGACGAGAUUAGCUCUGUGGAAGAGAAGAUCGGACUGAUGACUGAUCUCUUGCGGCCUGUUCGUCAUGGAGCAGCCUCCAAGAUUGAGGGUCUCACCGAUGGGGAUACGGGAUUCUGGAUACCUCGUGCAUACGGUAUCCUGGGCAAAGAUUCAUCAAUGACAAGUUUCUGGAAAGAAUGGUUGAAGGCGGUGAUUGUGCCAAUGACCGAAGGGGGCGUCGCAAGAGUGCCUCCCAGUUCGCCCCGGACAGGAGUCUGGCAGCCUCUCGAACGCUACGUGAUGAAUCUCUGCACAGAAGCCUUCAGUCCAGUUUCGUCGAAGACGCAGGUCGAGAUCGCAAUCAGGGAGCUGCGCCUCUUUGCACGGAGAGAGGCAAUCAACGAAUUGCCGGGAUCUCGCAACACGGACUUGUAUGCGUUAUUCAAGGCGCUUUCAGUAUCCAACAUCAUCCUCCUUUUUGAAUACGCUCUUACUGAAUCGAGGAUUAUUUUCCUGUCGUCUCACACGUCGAUGCUCUAUCUGGCGACUAGAGCUCUUAUUGAUCUCUUAUUUCCACUACAGUGGACCGGGGUCCUCAUUCCCGUACUGCCUGCUCGUCUGAUACAGGCAAUCGAGGCACCCUGCCCUUAUAUUGUUGGAAUCGAGCGAAGAUAUGAGAAAGUCGAAUUACCAUCGGAUGAUUUCGUGCUAGUCGACCUGGACGAGAAUGAAAUUGAGAGUACAGCCAAGCCAACGCCGUUACCUCGUCACCAGCGCCGGAAAUUGCUGUCUCUUCUUCAACUAGCUGCUCCCCACCAUAGCCGGUACGGAGUCAGCACCGGUCCACCAGCAUACGCAGUUGAGACAUUUCCUUUCGAUUCAUUUAUGGCAGAAAACCCUGCGAUUUUUGUAUCGAAAGCGCAACCGACACAUCUUGCGAAGUAUGUCAGUAUGAACUCAAACGCUUUUGGUCAAGAGCCCGUCGCUUCGGGAUCGCCCCAACCUAUGAUUUUCAAUACUUUCCUCUAUGCGCAGAACCAGUAUGCGCUCGCCAGACGUUAUUCUAAUAAAUCAGGCUCGGACCGACCAAGCACAAGUUCGACGACGAAGACCGGCUCUCCGCCAUCCCCGCGAACUGGUUCGCCAACCUCAGGACACUUCCCUCCCCUGCCCUCUACUCCCGCAUCCCGUAACGACUCCGGGUACGCUCUGCAAGCAUCCUUGAGGGAGAAACGAUCGGGACAUUUCGACACGUCCUCUCGUAGGAGCUCCUCCUUUGGGCGCCCGGGAGUUCCAAGGCGACCCAGUGCACCGUUCCUUGGUCAUGCCUCCAAUCUCUCAGUGACGACUCUGAGCACAGAUUAUGGCGGAUCGACGUAUGCGCCAUCAGUGUACGCUCAGUCCACUAUUGCUGCUUCGACUAUCGUCCCUCAAGCGACAGCGCAGGCUGUCUACAACACGGAGAGUUCCUGUUAUGCUGAAGGGCAUUGCUUGCAGCUGCAACCCUGGGACGAGAAGGCUACUUGCUCCUUGUGUGAUGAGAGGGCAGAAGAAGGAAUGUACAGAUGCACUGCGUGCAAGAUCAUAGUACAUGGCCAGUGUGCGCCUCAGAUUUGUAUUGUCUGUCCUGCAGCUUUCCAUCCUGAGCAGGUUCGGGCUGCCUUUGUCCGAUGCUUUGCCAGUCUGUUCUACACGUACAAGAAAUAUCUUGUGCCUGCUAGUGGCGAUAAAAAGAAGUCAGGCCUGACUUACAGUUUCAACAUGGAAGCAUUCCUCAAGAGCUUACCGCACGAGCAUGCAGACUACAUGGCCGUACUCCAGCAAACACAAGGUUUCAACGAGUUCAUAAGUGAGCGUGAGAGAGCGAAACCGAAGUCAAAGGAUCCGAGAAUCAGCUUGUUCGAUGAAAUUAUCCUGUCAAAGCGUAAUCGUGGCCGGGCGUCUAUCUUCUCUGGCCGUACCGUCACCGAUUUCCUCACAGACACGUCGAACCACCUCUGGCGAUCGGCAGCUGCAACUUCUUUCCCAUCAAGCAGUAGAAGCCAGCAAAAUCUCUCGGGUGAUUACGGCAGUCUCACGACCAGAGCACCUGCGAAACUCGACAUAUCUUUGAUGAAGGAACCGCGAAUGGUGCACGGACAGCCCCGUAUGACGAAGACAACGAACAAUGCACGUCGCAAACCACUGCCUAAACUCAUGAACGGCUUGUCGAUAUCACCCCCUUCUUGA